AUGAAGGACCAGGAGCAGCAGGGCUACUGGCAGGAGAAGGGCCGAUGGGUGAGUUACGAGGAGAGCUUUGACCCUCAAGCGCAGGUGUGGGCGCCCACUCUCAUCUCUUGCCUCACCUUCAGGAGCCUUAUCCAGCUCAGACGCACCAUGAGCCCAGGUGUGACCAUUUUAGACUGUGAGGAGAAGACCCUGGACACCAUCACAGAGAAGAUGGUCAGUGAGAUGGUUAACAAGAAGGAAAUCAGGUCAGGAGAUCGGGAAGGAGUGCUGAACUCUCUGCUGCAAAACCGCAGCCAAACAACUGACCCAGAAAGCCAAAUGUUGACUGGGACUGACCUGCAAAAGUUUUCUGUCAAGGAGAGAACUGAUGAAUCUGAACAUGUUGAGGCCUCCAUGGUGCUAGUGGGAACCCUGGAUUUUCUGGAGAAGCCCACAGCUGUCUUUGUGCGUCUGAAGGAAGCAGUAGCACUGGACUCAGCGUUGGAGGCCCCAGAGCCUGUACGCUUUGUCUUUCUUCUGAUUGGCCCCAGCAGCAGUGACAUGGACUACUAUGAGACUGGACGUGCUAUGGCAGCACUAAUGGCUAAUAAAGUGUUUAAUCAGACAGCGCUUCAGGCAAAGAGUGCUCGAGAGCUGAUCAACGCUGUGUCCAAGUUCAUGGACUGCAGCAUCGUGAUCCCACCCACUGAGAUCAAGAGUGAGGCGAUGCUCAGCUCAAUCAUCAACUUUCAGAAGAAACUGCUACAGGACAAACUGCAAAGCUAUGACCUCGUCAACAACGCCAAAGUUUGCAGUGAUUCGAUCGUUUCCGGACCUCCUAUUGAAGAUCCCCUUUCUCGUACUGGUCGACCGUUUGGGGGGAUGAUUCGAGACAUAAAAAGGCGCUACCAGUACUACAAGAGUGACAUCACCGAUGCUCUAAAUGCACAGGUCCUUGCUGCCAUCAUUUUCAUCUACUUUGCUGCCCUGUCUCCUGCCAUCACAUUUGGAGGCCUCCUGGCUUAUAAGGUGGACAACAUGAUGGGUGUGCCAGAGCUCCUCAUUUCCACCAGCAUUCAGGGAAUUAUAUUCUGCUUUGUUGCCGCGCAGCCCGUCCUGGUUAUUGGGUUUUCUGGUCCACUGUUGGUAUUUGAGGAGGCCUUCUAUGCAUUCUGCAAGUCCCAGGGCAUUGAGUAUAUUGUUGGGAGAGUUUGGGUGGGAGCGUGGCUGGUCGUCAUUGUGGUGAUCAUUGUGGCCCUUGAGGGCAGCUUCCUGGUUCGCUUCAUUUCACGAUUCACCCAGGAAAUCUUCUCCAUCCUCAUCUCCCUCAUUUUCAUCUAUGAAACUUUUGCCAAACUCGGGAGGAUCUUCAAGGCGCAUCCACUGAUUCUAAAUUACGAACACGUGAAUGCAAGUGCCGAGUAUCCCUGGCACCCAAAGGUCGAAGAGAUUGUCACGUAUGACAAUGCUACUGGCAACAAAACUCUAAUUGUCAACACCAUCAAGCCACCUUACCCCAACACAGCCCUGCUCUCUAUGUGCCUCAUGAUGGGCUGUUUCUUUAUUGCUUACUUCCUGCGUCAGUUCAAGAACGGGACAUUCCUUCCUGGAAAGGUCAGGCGUUUGAUCGGUGACUUCGGUGUUCCUAUUGCUAUUGUCCUCAUGACUAUUGUGGACUACAACGUUCAGGAUACGUACACUCAGAAACUAAUCGUUCCCAAAGGUCUGACGGUGUCCAAUCCUGAAAAAAGAGGCUGGCUCAUCAAUCCUUUCGGAGAGCACAAACCUUUCCCUGUGUGGCUGAUGUUUGCUUCCUGCAUCCCAGCCGUGCUUGUGUUUAUUCUCAUCUUUCUGGAGUCUCAGAUCACAACUCUGAUAGUGAGUAAACCUGAGAGGAAGAUGGUCAAAGGCUCCGGGUUUCACUUUGACUUGCUGGUUUUAGUUGGCAUGGGAGGCCUCAGCGCGAUAUUCGGCGUGCCGUGGCUCAGUGCUGCCACAGUGCGGUCUGUCACACAUGCCAACGCUCUCACUGUCAUGAGCAAAGGACCAAAACCGGUGAUAGAGAAAGUGAUGGAGCAGAGAAUAAGCGGCAUUGUGGUGGCCUUGCUUGUUGGUCUGUCAGUUCUCAUGGAGCCCAUCCUAAAGAUGAUUCCCAUGGCAGCCUUGUUUGGGAUCUUCCUCUACAUGGGAAUCACGUCAUUAAAUGGCAUUCAGCUGUGGGAUCGUGUGCAGCUUCUUCUCAUCCCAAAGAAAUACCAUCCUAAUGAACCCUAUGCUACCAGAGUGAGCACAGGACGAAUGCACCUGUACACGGCCAUCCAGAUUGUGUGUCUAGGAGUUUUGUGGCUUGUGAAGUCCAGUAAGAUGUCUCUGGCACUUCCCUUCGUUCUCAUCCUCACCAUUCCUCUGCGCAUGUUUAUGACCGGGCAUCUCUUCACCGAACUGGAAAUGAAAUGCUUGGAUGCUGAUGAUGCCAAAGUGACAUUUGAGGAGGAGCCUGGGAAGGACGUGUACUGUGAAUCUCAGAUGCCAUUGUAG